UGUUAACCACCCUUAGUUUUAAAACUAGAUUAUUUAUCAGUUUAUUCAUCUAUCACCAGUCCCUUAUACAAAUGUUGAAUUGUGUUGUUGAUGUUAUGUAAAAGUAAAGCUGAUCCCGUUUGUAAACCAGGAGCUAGAGCUUGCGUAGAGCGUGUUAGCAUUGCUAGCUAAAUUAGCUACCUUUGUUGGUUGCUAGCUAGCUAGUUGUCUUUGCUUUGUUAGCUAACUAGCUCAAAUGCUAAUUCUAGCUAGCUCAUGUUUUGAUUCGCCAUUGUGUUUAUUAAUUUUAUUGCCAGAUACAUUAGCUAGUUGGUUAGGUACAUGUCAUGCUUAAUACACCGUGUUAAUUUCCAUUUUGUCGUGAUAAACCAACGCUUGAUGAGCUUCCCAGCUCAGACCCAGCUAAUAUUAGCUAACUGACGUUAUUGUAGCUGACGAGCAGUUUUGUGAUUACAGCAACUAAAGAUUAUUGUUAAAUUGGUCCAAGAACUUUGGAAUCAGUUGGAACGGAUGUAGAUUUUUCAGUGUGUACUACUACGUAACAUUUGACCAUUUUUGAUUUCACUCACAUCUUCCCUAUCGCAACAUGAGCAGUACAACACAGAGGAAAAGAAGGACUGGAGUCCCCUCAAGUUCCAGACGCACGGCCAAGAGUAGCAGAGUCACCACAACCAGUGUGCGACCUCCUGCUGCAGCAUCAGCAGCAGUCCCAGAGACCAUUGAUGUGCUGGAGAGCAGCAGGACUACUAGUGAGGAGGUGGUGGACUUGACAUGUGAAGGUUCUGAGUUGACUGUGGUUGACUUGACCAACAAUGAUUCUGUGGUGGUUGUCGAUGAAGGGCCUCAUGGCAGACGUGAAGCUGACAGUGAGAGUUACGUACUGAGCAGUGAUGAGGAGGAGGAUACUAAUGGAGGCCUCAGUGCCGACCUCCUGUCCUCUCUACAGGCCAGCAGUAGAGCCAGGUCUACUCCAGGGACAGUCAGCUGCCCAGUGUGUAUGGACGCCUAUGCUGAGAUCAUUGAAAGUGGGAGACUAGUAGUCUCCACAAAAUGUGGUCACCUGUUCUGCAGUCACUGCCUCCGCGACUCACUGUUGAGAUCCCACACUUGCCCAACCUGUAGAAAGAAACUGACCCAGAAGCAAUGCCACCCCAUAUACAUCUGACAUCAAACACCCAUAAGACUCACCCAUUGGUUUCAACCUCGCCAAACCUGCAAGACUUUUAAUCAUACCUUCUCAUCUCACUUCCCCCUACUGGACUUAAGAAUAAUUUUUACAUUUAUAUACACAUCAUGUGUAUGUAAAUCUGACCGAUGCUUUUGUCUUUCUUCUGCAAUGAAAGAAGCAGGAGCAUAGGGACGUACUCUUAUGCCAGCACACAUUCACUUAGAUUUUUGCAAUUUUCUUCCACUGAUUUUCCUACUGCUCUCCAUUCAUUUCAUAGUGAACAGAUCAUUCUAAAGCUGCAUCCCCAGUAACCACAACCAAGAAAAGAACUAAGCUCAGAAUCAUUUAUUUUUUGCUCUUAAGAAGCCACAUGUGAUGUUGUAUUGGUAGCAAUCACACGUGACUGGCACUCAAUUGCAAUGAGAACUCAACUCGAAAGUAGAAAUGUCGAUUUUUAUUGCUGCUGAGUAGGUGGAUGUCUGAAUGAUGGGUGUUGCUUGAAUUUGGUCAUCACCAUUGUAAAUAUUGUUGUAUGUUUUGUAUAUAUGGUUGAAUGACAAGUUAAGGUGCGCCUAAUCUGUAAGCUUCAAUAAAACACAUUUAUGAUUGUAAAGGUUUGUUACAUGUUUUGCUCACCUGACCCAGAUAGUUUAUUCUCACAGCCAGAGUGACAGACUGUGAGAAGAGACAAGUCCAAACGUAGGACAUUGCAUUGUCGAGCCCUCAUGCCGACUUGCUAAAUAGCUUUUUUUUUAAUUACAUGUUUUCACUGACUUUUACAUUGAAUUUCAUUUGUAAACUUUGAAUUAUUUUAUAUUCUGAACUACAUGUAACUUGGCUGACUCCGUUGUGACACGCAUCCCCUCAAAUGUCCACUAAGGGGCAGUAUCUUCUUGCGCAUGCAUGGUCUGUUGUCCAAUAAUGAUCAAUGAUAAUACAGUUUCUUCUCCAUC